UUAGCAGUCUUCAAGGAGGUCUGUCGUCUAAUUAGGACACAAUCAAUCAAUGUCGGCACAUGUCGUAUCGGUUGAAUAUCUUCUGCAAAUACAGGGAUCAGUUUUUGAUCCAUUGGUUGUGUACACAACUGUUACGCUGUGCCGUUUACGUGACCCGGUCGAUGGUUUAUGGUAAGGUAAUAAUUUGUACAACCCCAUAGGCUUGGUGUAUUGUCCUGGCAAGAUCGCACCGUUAGUUUUAAUGUGCAAGAGAGUCAACAACUAUAAUAUACUUGAGGAUUAGUCACUAAUGCCCCUUUGAGUUCUUCACAUCGCGAAUCGCUUGAACAUUAUUAACCUUGUGUAUUCCUCUGCAAAGCUGGACCAGAUGCAAUAGCUACACUUCUUUUUGAAGUCCCACAAUUUGAUCGAUUUGAUUUGAAAUGGACAUUAAAUUCUUCCAAUUACUGACAAGCGUGAAAAACAUCGAAAAGAUUGAGAUACCCUAGACACAUAUCAAGGGAAUUCUUUGCAGAGUGCUUCGUUCAGAGCAGAAAGAACCAAGUCUGUCUCCGCCUGUAAGCCUCGGGACUGGUUACAUUGAUUAUUCAAGAGAUAUCUUGUGACAGUUUUUAGUAUUGGAGUAUGGCAUCAGACUCGCCUUGCACUUCGUUUACCAUUGAUAACAUUUUGAGACCCGAUAACCCAGAAAGAACAGUACAAGAACCUCAUUCUACAGCUCGGGCUUUGACGCUAGCAGAACGACUUGCAGAUAUCAUCUUGGAAGUACAUUAUGGUUCAUCUAGAGCCAAACACAGACGAACAAGAACUGCCUUCACCCAUCAACAACUACAGGUGCUCGAAGGGACAUUCUCCAAGACUCAUUACCCGGAUGUAGUGAUGAGAGAACAGCUUGCUGCUUACAUCAACAUCCCUGAGUCAAGAAUUCAGGUCUGGUUCAAAAACAGGCGAGCAAAGUAUCGAAAACAAGUCAAAGAAGGCGAAGAUCCAUCAUCGAAUAAAACCUUUGAAAGCUCGUUCAUUCCUCUGGACCCAACAUGGAUGAUGGCAAGAGGGUGCUACCCUACAUCACCUACAUUCUCAUCUACCUACCCCAGUAUACAAUUCAAUCAGUGUCAGUUACCUUGGUCGCUGUGUCCAUACACUGGUACUUCGUCUUGCUCUUGUAGAGAGAUGAAUGCAAACUCUAAUGCGUCUCCUCAUUGGCCCAUUUCUUAUUGUACUCAGUCUUCGAUGUUCGGCCAGCCCCGACGUUUGGAGCCUGGGGAGCAGGUUACUAAAAAAGAAUAACAUUACAUGGAGCUGAAAUAUAAUUUUACAAGUUGUGUAAAUAGGUUUUAAUUCUUGAUGAAGAAUAGCGAAUGGCGAUUUCCUGCAAAUCAUGAAAGGUCGAUUCAAGUUAAUGAGAUAAACAAUCAAUGAAAUGAGUGAAAAAGCAAGGACAGUUCAAGGUGUAUAUAAUACUUUCUGAAAAUUUAAAAAUCGUAAAAAAAUAUCCCCUAAUUGUUGCACAGUGCCGCAAGCACUUCAUUAGGACCUAGUUAUAUGUUUGAAGGCCUGAAUCCAUUAGUGGCUAACGUACUGAGUUGCCAACACGGGCCCUGUGUAGGACUAGUGUAGGACUGGAACACCUUACCAGUUGGACAGUGUAAUAGGAAUUAUAGUUUAAAUCUCAAAAUUCAAAAUCUUUACAUUCGAUUUUCAAACAUAGUGUUCAGGGGGGCCAUAUUUCAUGAUAGUGUCCUGCAUGUAGGGGAAAGUCACUUCGCGCAACCCCCCAAACUUGAGCAAAGCACUGGGACUUUUGUUGGUUAAAUGACGAUAAGAUUAUAUACAUCGGUAGUAUGUUUACCAACCUAGUUCUUGAGAACAGCCACUGACUUACAAAACCAAGUCUUACAGGAUCCAAUUUGUAGUGCAAAGGUUAAACGCCUUUGAAAUGACAGAUGGGACAAAAACAUUAGACUGUAGCAUAGUCUUUUUAGCAUGAGAAUUUCGUUACUUUACGUACAACAUAUAAACGUACUCCGAAUACCAUGGAUCAAUGACCUACACAUUGGUCUGAAACAAUGCAGUGAUUUAUAGUAAGGAAAACGUUUAUGCAGGGCCUAAAAACCAACACAAAGGAAUGUAUUUUUAAUGAAGUAUAACUUGACUAAAUACCACAGUUUGAUAAAUUGCACUGACAGUAGCAAGAUCGAGUUCUGUGGUGAACGCGGACUAAUGACUAACGGUUAAGAUAAUGAUAACUUUAUACGAGUUUAUGAAAACAAAUUAAGGAACUUUGACAUUGAAUUGAUUAUUUUAAGAACCACUGCAUACGAACCUUGUUUCCUUCCUGUAUGUGCAACUGUUCCAUGGGAAAAUUAUGAAAUAUGUAAAUGAUCGAUCUGAAAUCAAACUGUAAAUAUGUUAUAGAGAACUAGAUUACUCGCGACCAAUAUUCUUGGGGUACAAACAAAUAACUCCAAAACCCUCGAGAUUUAAAURACGGUCAAACGGUCACAAUGCUAGUUGAUCUAACAAGACAAGCUAAUUAGGAAUGCUUUGUUAUCGUGUACCAACAUGGCGGCUAUGACGUAACACCCACCCCAAGAAUUAUAGUAUCUAUAGGAAUGGAAAAGGGAUCAUUAUCAAAAGCGUCCUGAAACGUCUUAAGCUUUAUUUACGUACAGACAAUGAGGUAUAAUCCUAGGAAAUUGUAGGAUGAAUAUUGUUCAAGAAAUAAAAAAAUGAAACAGUCGUCAAGUUAAGACCUUCCAAGGGCUUAAGAUUCCCGAGGUAAAUAACAAACACUCGGCAGAAGGUAACAAGGUGUUUCAUUUGGAGCUUCA